GCCGCUUCGGCAGCCCGGCGAGUUGGCAGGUGGGGUGGAACUCGCUUGUCAACUCAUCAAUCUUAAAACAGUCAGUUUGGGAGCGCUGCAGGAUAGUCAGGAGGGCUGCGGGAAAGCAAGAGGGGGCCCGCGGGAUGCCGGUGGUGAGGGAAGAAAAGGGAGGCCUCGAAAAGCUUGGGGGCACAUUUGCGCUCGGGUUCCUGGUCCUUGCAGCCCUCCUGCCUUGAGUGUGGGAGCACACUUUUUUUGUUUUAAGACUCAGCGUGGAGAGAAAGCCUCCGUCCCAGUGGAGGAGAGGCGUCUGCGGGGGGCAGAGACCGCAGCUACCUGUCGGGUGCGCCCCCCGCCCCAGGCACGCCGGCGUUCGUCCCCCCUUUCUCUCCCGCUCCCACCUCCUCAUUGGUGCUGGUUUGCAGCGCUCGGCUCCUGCGCCUUCGCUUCGCGUUUGAAUCUGGCUCGCCCCUCCGUAUUAUGUCUGCACUCCGAAGGAAAUUUGGGGACGAUUACCAGGUAGUGACGACCUCGUCCAGCGGCUCGGGCUUGCAGCCCCAGGGGCCGGGCCAGGGCCCGCAGCAGCAGCUUGUGCCCAAGAAGAAGCGACAGCGGUUCGUGGACAAGAACGGCCGGUGCAAUGUCCAGCACGGCAACCUGGGCAGUGAGACGAGCCGCUACCUCUCGGACCUCUUCACCACCCUGGUGGACCUCAAGUGGCGCUGGAACCUCUUCAUCUUCAUUCUCACCUACACCGUGGCCUGGCUCUUCAUGGCGUCCAUGUGGUGGGUGAUUGCCUACACUCGGGGCGACCUGAACAAAGCCCACGUCGGCAACUACACGCCCUGCGUGGCCAAUGUCUAUAACUUCCCUUCGGCCUUCCUCUUCUUCAUCGAGACCGAGGCCACCAUCGGCUAUGGCUACCGCUACAUCACCGACAAGUGCCCCGAGGGCAUCAUCCUCUUCCUCUUUCAGUCUAUUCUCGGCUCCAUCGUGGACGCCUUCCUCAUAGGCUGCAUGUUCAUCAAGAUGUCCCAGCCCAAGAAGCGCGCGGAGACCCUGAUGUUUAGUGAGCACGCGGUGAUCUCUAUGAGGGACGGAAAACUCACGCUCAUGUUCCGAGUGGGCAACCUGCGCAACAGCCAUAUGGUCUCCGCGCAGAUCCGCUGUAAGCUGCUCAAAUCUCGGCAGACACCUGAGGGUGAGUUCCUUCCCCUUGAUCAACUUGAACUGGAUGUAGGUUUUAGUACAGGGGCAGAUCAACUUUUUCUUGUUUCCCCCCUCACGAUUUGCCACGUGAUUGAUGCCAAAAGCCCCUUUUAUGACCUAUCCCAGCGAAGCAUGCAAAGUGAACAGUUCGAGAUUGUCGUCAUCCUAGAAGGCAUUGUGGAAACAACUGGGAUGACUUGUCAAGCUCGAACAUCAUACACUGAAGAUGAAGUUCUUUGGGGCCACCGUUUUUUCCCUGUAAUUUCCUUAGAAGAAGGAUUCUUUAAAGUUGAUUACUCCCAGUUCCAUGCAACAUUUGAAGUCCCCACGCCACCUUACAGUGUGAAAGAACAGGAGGAAAUGCUUCUUAUGUCAUCCCCUUUAAUAGCACCAGCCAUAACUAACAGCAAAGAAAGACAUAAUUCUGUGGAAUGCUUAGAUGGACUAGAUGACAUCAGUACCAAACUUCCAUCUAAGCUGCAGAAAAUUACUGGAAGAGAAGACUUUCCCAAAAAACUCUUGAGAAUGAGUUCUACAACUUCUGAAAAAGCCUACAGCUUGGGCGAUUUGCCCAUGAAACUUCAACGAAUAAGUUCAGUACCUGGCAACUCAGAAGAAAAACUGGUAUCUAAAACCACCAAAAUGUUGUCUGAUCCCAUGAGCCAGUCUGUGGCUGAUUUGCCACCAAAGCUUCAAAAGAUGGCUGGAGGAGCAGCCAGGAUGGAAGGGAAUCUUCCGGCAAAACUAAGAAAAAUGAACUCUGAUAGAUUCACAUAACAAAACACCCCUUCAGGCAUUAUUUACUGUUUGAUUUGGUAAUAGUCCAAUAUUUGGCUGAUGAGGUAAUCCUCUCUAAGGGAUCUGAAAGGUACAUUUUUUCCCCCAGUCAUAUAUACAUAUUUGAGAACCCUUCCUUUUCAAGUAUUGCUAAUGUGCAAAAGAAAAAGUUGUAAAGGGAGGACAUCAGAAGGAAGUUCUUAUUAACGGGCAUGUAUUAUCACAUCAAGCAUGCAAUAAUGUGCAAAUUUUACAUUUAGUUUUAUGGCAUGAUUUAUAUAUGGUAUAUUUAUAUUGUAUAUUCUGGAAAAUGUAUAUAUAUAUAUUUAAAGGGGUGGUACCCUGCACAACAUUUCUAACAUACGUAUUAAGCCAAACAUGAAUUGAUAGCUUUCAGGGUGAUAAAACUAUAUAUAUAUAUGUGUGUGUGUGUGUACACAUAGUUUUAUAUAUACACACACAUAUAUGUACAUAUAUAUACAUACACAUACACACACACGUACAUACAUAUAUCUGAUAAAAUUGUGAUGUUUUGUUCAAAGUUGUAGUUCUUGUGCAUGUUUACUUUAUUAGGCUAGGAAGGCUUCUGGCAUUAAUUAUUAAUACCAAAUAUUUUAGCCUUAAAUUAUUUGUCAUUUUAAAAUCUGAUUUAAUGUUUUCUGCUGUUUAAGGUCCUGGAAGGUUUUCAAUUGUUCUUUAUACGAGGGAGUCACACAAGUCUGUGCUACUUAUGGCCCUGCAAAAAUAUAACCAUUAUAUAUUUAACUUGUAAAUUUUGAAGCAUACUAAUACGCUGACAAUUUCUUAUGAUUUUUAAAAGUUGCUAGUACUGGGGAAAAAUAUAUAUUGCCAUUUUGAGAGCUGGUCCUUUCCUGGACUGAUUAAAGUCUGGAAAUCUCUUUUAUAUACGAUCUAAUACAAAUAUGAGCUCUGAACAAAUGUUGAAUCACUGUAAUAGUCAGUAGCGAAGUUAUAUUGAAUAUAUUGGAAUCUGUGUGAAAUUACAUAAUUAAUGGUCCCUGUUUCAAACUGAGUCAAUUGGUAACAUUUUCACUCUUUUUCUCAAACUUUUGUCAUUUUAAAAACCAGUAAUUUAUCUUUGAGGAGAUAAAACAAUACAAUGAAACAGAUGAUAUGUAUUUAUGUGUAAAAUAUGUAUGUCUCAUUGAGUCUCUUUUUAUGCCAUUCUCCUGUUUGUGGCAUUUGUUAUAGCAGGACAGACUCUUUUCCUCACCUGGGAAACCUAUUUCAUCCCUUGCCUGUCACUCAAUUCAGAAGGAAUGUUUUGUAUAUACCUGAGAGAAUUUAAAAUCAGAUAACUUGAAGAUAUUUUACCCAUGUGAGUUUUUUGUUUUGUUUUGUUUUGGUAAACACUCAAUUUAUUGGUGUCUUGGAUCUCUGGCCCACCAAAAUAAUUUUAGCAGUACUAUUUUUUGAACCCAAAGGUUUGAUAUUUAUGACUCAUUAGUAGGAAUCAAAACUAUUCCUCAGAAGAACACAUGAAAAAUAAAGAUUUGGAAUGCAGAGAUUUUAAUGAAAAUUUACAAGUGCUCCUUAUCAGAAUAUCAUGGAUUUUCCUAUAAAACUUUUCGGGGCAUUGUAAUCUAAGUCUGUCCAGAAUUAAUCUAUUUCUCCUUAUAAAUUGUAAAUCCUUAAUAGCUGGUUUGGGCUCCCACCAUUUACCAUUGUUUUCAGCAAUCCUGUGAUGAUUUUUGUAUUGGAAAAUUAUUACAUCAACAAUUCUAUCAUUGACUACAAUAAUACCUUCUGGCUACCUCUGUAUCAAUCAAAUUCUGCAGAUGCAAACAUAUACCAGGGAAUUGUUACUGGCAAAAUGAUCAACCUUGAGCAUCCAACCACUGUGAAUAGAUCUGGUUGCCCUAACCCUUACCCCCAAACUUUCUUAUUUGCUGGAUAUAGGAAAUGAAAUAGUAGCAGAGAGAGAAGGGGACCCAGGGGCCACAGUAUAUUUAUUAUCAGUGGAAGAGACUGCACAGAUCAUUUAGUCCAACUACUUAAAACUAAACAGAGCCAUAAUUUAAUUUGGAGAGUCAUUUUAAUUUGUUUUUGGUACCAAGAGGAAUAUGAGACCAAAAAUAAACUCUCCAAAUAUAUUCAUUCAUUCAUUCAACAAAAUUUUUGCAUGUCUUUAAUGUUCUAGGCAUUUUUAGCUCCUGUAGAUUUGGAUAUGACUAAGUCAGAGGAGGUCACUGCCCAUUCAAACACUGCAUAUCAGUAGGAGGGGGGGAGGAGGAGACAAAAAACAAAUGACAAAAUUUCACAGUCAAAAUAUCAGUUAAGGGAAAGAAAACAGGGUAACAUGAUGGAAAAUGGGUGAAAUAAGAAGUGAUUAUUUUAGAAGAGGUGACUGGCUUAGGGAGGGGGUGAUAUUUGAACAAAGACCUGAAUGAUGAGAAAGAACCACUGUUGUCAAAUUAAUUUUUCUUAGUGAAUGCUAUUCCUUUAUCUUUCCCACGUAUGUAUGGGAAAGGUAUGAUUUCUGCAUGUAAUUGCAGUUUAACCCCUAUUGCUAAGUUGAUCAUAGGUCCCGGUUUACCCAGGAGAGUUCCAGUUUAUACCUGUUGUACCUGUGUAAUUAUUACUAAUACUCCCUUUCACUCUUAUAAUGUCCUGGUUUGGAUGAUAUAUGGUGACUCUACGUUUUUGUUGAAACUAAAUUAUGAAGUCUGAUAUAUUUGGAUAAAAAUAAAGAAUUGCUUUUUCUUCUCA